AUGGGGAAUAUCGCAUCGAACGAUUCCCCCAUACCGAAUCCGGUGGAGCGAGUUAAUCGCGUCCUUAAGAUGAUGAUUUCGACCUUCGUCAAAAAGGACCACCGUAGUUGGAACGUGCAUUUGCACGAAUUCCGAUUCGCCGUGAAUAACACCACACAUUCUUCCGUUGGCGAUUCUCCAGCGGUGCUCAAUUUGAGCAGAGCAUCGUGCGUGGUAAGCAGUCUGCGCCGUGUAGUGGAAGGAGAACCUUUGCUCGAGAGCAAAGAUCCGCGAGCAUGGGCGCAACGCAUGCGUCGGCUACCGUUGUUACACGACAUAGUAACAGAGAGUCCCGAAAGAGCUCACACGCGACAAGCACGCUAUUAUGAUUCACACCGUCGCGAUAUACGGUAUAGAGUGGGGGACUUAGUUUGGCGUCGAAACCGAGUCCUCUCGUCGGCCGCGGAUAACGUAGCCGCGAAACUCGCCGCCGCAUUUAUAGGCCCCUUUCGGGUUAUUAAGGUCCUGUCGCCGGUCGUCUACGAGGUGGAGACGAAGGGAACGCGUAUGAUCCCAAAAGUUCACGUCUCCGACCUCAAACCGUUCGUGGGAGAGAAUCCGAACGAGAGGACGACCGAGAAUAACAACAACCCUUUGAUUUUAGCCAAAAAUGAAUCGACGAGGAAGACCGGGACGGAGCGCUGCCGUCCUCCGCCACAGAGCGGAGCAGCCGUUCCAGGCAGCCCCCCAAGGAGCCUGUCUGAAACCCCGUCGCCCCUGCACCAGGGCCCAUGA